CUUACACUCCCAUCAUUAUUGUGUUUAUCUUUGUUCACCUUUAUUGUCUUACACUGCUAACGUCUUCUCAGUAUGAUUCUAUUGAGUGUAUUCCAAGUGAGCGCGAAGCACUUCUGAGGUUCAAGCAUCAUCUCAUUGAGCCUUUAAACAGGCUCUCUUCUUGGAAUGUCUCCAAUCCCAAUUGCUGUCAAUGGGAUUAUGUUGUUUGCAGUAAUGUAACUUCCCACGUCUUUCAGCUUCACCUCAACACUUCAAGAGAUGCUUUCUACUAUCACGGUUACUUAAACUCUGUCGCUUUUGGGAGGUCCAUGUUUAGUGGAGAGAUAAAUGAUUCUGUGGUUGAAUUGAAGCAUCUGAAUUACUUGAACUUGAGCGGCAACGAUUUUGGAGUUUGAAGGAGCAAUUCCAAUCUCUUUGGGAAAUUUGACUUCUUUGAUAGUCUUGAUAUCUCACAUAAUCAGUUUGAAGGAGGGAUUCCAACCUCUUUUAGAAAGUUCUGCAAUUUGAGGCACAUCUCUUUCUCAAAUCUCAAAUGCAAUUAACAAUUGCAUCAAAUCUUAGAAAUUCUCAUCCCAUGUGUUUCUCAAAUCACAGGUCACCUCACAAAUCAACUUGAAAUGUUCAAAAAUCUUGAAUCACUUUCUCUCUUUAACAACUUGAUUACUGGAGAAAUUCCUCAAUCAUUAGCAAAGCUUCAGUCAUUAAGGUAUAUGACUUUGACCAAAAAUCAACUCAGUGGAAAUCCAUUUAAAACUCUGGGACUAUUCCCCAAGUUGUUAUCUCUUUCUAUAGAUGACAACUUAUUUCAAGGAAUCGUCCAAGAAGAUGAUCUUGUGAAUUUCACUGCAUUACGGGUGCUUCAAGUAUCAGGCAACAAUUUCACUUUAAAAGUGCACCCCAGUUGGCAACAAAAAUUUCAACUCAUUGUAUUGCGAAUGAACUCAUGGAAGUUAGGUCCAAGCUUUCCAUCAUGGAUUCAGUAGCAAAAGGAUCUUCAACAUCUGGAUAUGUCUGACGUAGGGAUUUCUGAUUCCAUUCCCACUUGGUUUUGGAAAACAGGUCCUUAUUUUUCUUUGAACUUGUCUCACAAUCAUAUUCAUGGAAGGCUUCCAAAUGAAUUAAGGAUUCCAAUAUUCCUUGGAACAAUUGUUGAUCUUAGCUCAAACCAUCUCCAAGGAAAUUUACCUUUUGUGGGUGCUGAAGUGAUUUGGCUAGAUCUUUCACAUAAUUCAUUUUCUGGAUCAAUAACAGAUUUUCUUUGCAAAGAAUCUGCCCAUCUGAAAGAGUUACAAAUUCUCAAUCUUGCAUCAAACAAUUUAUCAGAAAAAAUUCCCAACUGUUGGAGAAUGUGGCCAGAGCUAGUGGAAGUCAACUUAGGCAACAAGCUAUGUGGUCCACCAUUGCUGCUCAACUGUACCAUGGAGGGGGAAGUUCCUGAUGAGAAUGAAAAAGAGAGAAAGAAUGAUGGAGUGAAGUGGGUGUUUGUGAGUGUGGCUUUUGGAUUUAUAGUGGGAUUUUGGGGAUUUGUUGGUCCAUUGUUCAUAUACAAAUCAUGGAGGUAUGCAUAUUACCGUUUCCUUGAUGACAUGUGCUACAAACUUCAAUCAUGUAUGUGACUUUAUGUUUCUAAUGUU